AGCCCGCUACGCACUUAUUUAACGCCCCACAUCUGCUUUGUUGUGUCAAGGUUUCUCGGAAGGUCCCGAUUUAAACAAAUUCACACACGUGAUCUCCUGGGGGCGUCAUUUUAUAUACGUUUAUAUAUCUAGUUUACUGCAUCACGGCAUCUCUUCGGUUUGCAUCUCUUUAGAAGGUUUUUGAAGGUUUUCCCUGUAAGCAUCUAUACUGCAGAAGUGGAGAGCAUCAUGUGCAGCCCAAUGCCUGAGCCUAUUUGUUUGGUGGAAAAUGUAAAUGGUUCAUUGCAUGUAAAUAAUGCAGCCAUAGAGUAUCUGAACAUGAAUAACCAACCUGUGGUGGUGGUGUCUGUGGUAGGACUGUAUCGCACUGGAAAGUCUUAUCUCAUGAACCGUCUGGCAGGACAACAAACUGGCUUUGCUCUGGGGAGCACCAUUGAGUCAAAGACUAAAGGUAUUUGGAUGUGGUGUGUGCCACACCCUAUUAAACCAGGACACACUCUGGUAUUGCUGGACACUGAGGGACUUGGGGAUGUUGACAAGGGAGACUCUAAAAAUGAUGCCUGGAUCUUCUGCCUGGCUGUUCUUCUGAGCAGCACUCUGGUCUAUAACAGCCGGGGAACCAUCGACAACACAGCAGUGGAAAAACUACACUAUGUCACAGAGCUUGCAGAGCAGAUUAAGAUCAAAUCACCUACAUCCGGUGCAGCUGAGACUGAUGAUGAUGAGGCGGAAGACUCUCACUUUGUGCAGUUUUUUCCUAACUUUAUCUGGACAGUGCGUGAUUUUACACUACAGCUGGAGCUUGAGAGUAUGGGUCAAGUGACUGAGGAUGGGUACCUGGAUUUUGCCCUGCAGCUGAAAAAAGGUUUUAAUAAGAAGGACACUAACUACAACCUUCCAAGGCAGUGUAUUCGAAACUAUUUUCCAUCCCGCAAGUGCUUUGUUUUCCCGUUUCCUACCUCCCAGGAAAAAAUGAUUAUGAUUGAGAGCCUGGAUGAAAGGGACAUUUUUCCCAAAUUUCUGCUUGUUACACAGCGUUUCUGUGACUAUGUCUUUGAUAAGAGCAGAGUUAAAACUGUUAAAGGAGGAUACAAAAUUACUGGGAGAAGGUUCGGUCACCUAGUGCAGACAUAUGUGGAGACGAUCUCUAGUGGGAAAGUCCCUUGUCUGGAGAAUGCUGUGGUUGCCAUGGCAAGGAUUGAAAACGAGGCAGCUGUGCAAGAGGGGCUGAAGCUGUACCAGAGUGAGAUGGAACAGGUGAAGAAAAUGUUUCCUGUCAGUUUGAAUGAAAUUACUGCUGAACACCAGAAGAUCAGUGACAUGGCCAGCAGCGAGUUUAUGAAACGUUCCUUUAAAGACGAAGAACAGAAAUACUUCAAGAAACUGACGGAGGUGGUCGAUAAGCACUAUGCUGAUCUAGUUGGUCAGAACCUGAAGGCAUCAGACGAGAAGUGUAGGCAAAUUCUGGCUGAUCUCUAUAAUGACAUGAAUUUGCACGUGCAGCAGGGGGAUUAUGCAAAGUCUGGAGGAUAUAAACUUUAUUGCACAGCUAGAGAGAAUCUCAUUGCUGAGUACCACAGAAAGCCAAACAAAGGAAUCCUGGCUGAGGAGGUGUUGGAGAGCUUUUUGUGUGAGAAAAGUGUGGAAGCAAAAUUAAUUCUCCAGACUGAUGAACAACUGACUGAAAGUGAGAAAAAGCUUCAAGAGGAAAAAGAACUACAAGUUCUCUUAGAGCAGCAGUGUAAAGUAGAACAUGAACAAAAGAAGAAGUUGGAGCAACUGAUGGAGGAGGAAAAAGUGAGUCAUGAGCAACGGCUGCGGCAGCUGGAGACGAAGUUUGAGGAUGAGAAAUAUCAGCAACAGCAGGAGCUGAACAUUGCACUGGAAAGCAAAUUGGCUGAACAGAAAGACCUCAUACAAAAAGGGUUUGAUGAGAAAGCCAAGCUGUUGGGCAUGGAGAUUGAGCAACUUAAAAAAGAAAAGCCAAAUGACAAUCCAUCUGGCGGUAUUUUUAAGGAUUAUGUCAUGCCACUUGUAAGCACGGCCAAAGAUGUGUUUUCCACAGUCCUUCAGUAUAAAAUAAUGAAGACAAAAUUUGCAAGAUUCAAAUAAUACAAAAUAUUAUUUAUACUAGGGAUGUGAUAGCUUAGUGGUUAAGGCUUUGGACUACUGAUCGGAAGACCAUGAGUUCAAAUCCCAGGUCCAUCAAGCUGCCACUGCUAAUUAUAUAAGUCACUCUAAUUGUCAUGAUUUGAUAAAAGUAUAUAUAAAAAAGUCAACCCUUGAUGUUUUAAUUGUUCUACAGUAAAUAUAGGAAGUCAACAUAGUGACAUGGAUUGCACUGACUACUGACACAACUGUUGUGUGAUUAACUAUAAACCUUAAUGUUAUGUGGUACACUGAACAUUAAAUGCUUAUGAUACCAAAAAGCUGAUAUUUCAUGUAUUAGUGUUUCAUUAUGAGAAAAAUAUUUUCCAUGUUUAAUAACAUAGAGGAUGGAAUAAAAAAAUGAAUGAAAAAGUCAAA